AUGAUCAAAGCUACGCAAAGAGCAUUUGAAACUGUGAAGAGUUUUGAAACCAUUCAUACCCUUCUUAUGUUCAAAAACUGGGACUUUUCAGUUUCUGAGGACCUUGUGAAAGAAUUGGUAUCCUUUGGCUAUGACGAUUUUAACUCUACCAACAUAGAGACCAUAUCACGUUUGCUUCUUGCUCACUUCGAAUCCGCAAUGCCCAUUACCGAAGAGAUCCGUUUGUAUACAGCUCAUUCACAUCCAUAUCCUGGAGAUAUCAUCCGUUUAUUUCUAGAUGAAAGGCGUCCCUUGGAUCUUCAGUCUUUUUGGGAGCGUCUAUGGCAAACUUUCUGUGAUUCUAGUGAAGAGGUAUCUGAUGUGCUACUGGAAUACACCACUCUGGAAAUUUCUAAGCGUACGCUUGAGAGAGUUCCGAGCCCGGGCUCCAAGCCGUUGAUUAGUAGCCCAGGCUCAUCUAGGGAUCAAGAUUCAUCUGACGAUCAGGAAUCAUCUGAUAGUGAUUAUUCAUCUGACCUUCAAAGCAUAUCUUAUCUUGAAAGCACAUCUGACCUUGAAAGCAUAUCUGACCUUGAAGCAAGAUCUUGGACUGAUGUACCAUAUGAAGCAUUGAGCAUCAGAUAUGAUUUCUUAUCCAGACUUGUUUGGUUCUUGGUGGAGCACAACUUCGCUAUCCCCCAAGAUGUUAUGGGCGUCAUCAUGGAAAAAGGACUCCUCGCAACGAUAGUCGCCGUUCUCGACCACAAUCCAUAUAUCAGCAUCACAGAUGAACUUCUCAAUGCUGCAGGGAAUAAUCCCGACUACUACGAUAUCAGUUGGCUUCUUUACAUGUUUUCGGAGUCAAUGGAGGUCGUUGGAGCUCCUGACGGCGAUAUUCAUAUCAUCCACUGGCCUCGGGAUUCAAGAGAGUGCAAUUUAUCCAGCUGCACGAUACCUCAUUCUGUAGCAGAGCACAAGGAUGGCUGGCACACAUCAUGGAAAUAUUCUCAGCUUCGCUAUUGA